AUGGCCAGCGGCUAUAAAGUCCCCCCAUUCACCCUGGAUUGCUAUUACAUUGACUUCGAUGGUACUUUCUUUGUUCGUGUGCUCAAGACCUUUCAGAUUGAGCAGUUCAAAGAUCUGAUCAGUAUCGAAAGUCUUCCAAUUCUGCCUCUCAAUCUUGCCGAUCUUAAGGGCUUCGUGAACAUCGAACAGACCAGGCAGAUGGUCGAAGACUUUUUGUCUUAUACUGUGCCCUCAUACUGCUACUUCAAUGGCUACAGUCUUGCACAGGACCCGGAGGGCAAUGUGUUGAGGUUACCAAAGGCCACUACCAUAGGCUCUGUAGGUGUGGUGUCGGAAGGCAUUGAGAGCCCUGUGGUUGUGGACUUUGAUCGCUGCCUACAGGCGAUGCCGGAGUGGAAACCUUGCAGAUUUGCCCAAGAGCUUUCCGCGCCCUACAAAGAGCAUGCUCUCUCUAAUCCGGCUUUUGAUGAUGAUCGAAUGUGGGAUCUCAGAAUGGCUGAAGAUGUGCUUGACUUCAAGAGUCAAGGUCAGACUGUCGAAUGGCGCAGCCGUUCGCCUCCAACAGGAGAUGAGACCCUUCUGCUUCCUAACAGAGUGUUUGCUUUUGUUCUCCGCACACGUAAAUGGGGUAAGAAGUUCGAAUCUCACGCCACUCAGGAUAUCUGA